AUUCAUUAGGAUUGUCCAUGAGUUGUCUCUUUCUGCCAGGGGUUGUAGGUCUAAGAGUGUGAGUGUGUGGUUCUUUGUCUCGGCCAGCCCGUGUGGGAUUGCUGGCCUGGUAUAUGGUAGAUUUAGUAGAUGAACUACACACUAUUUAGAUUUGUUUAAUAUUUCCCUGCUCAUGAAAUACACGACCUGAGCUGUAUUCAUGGGAUUCUGUAAUUGUAUGUAUUUAUCCAGUUUUUCCUUCAGUUGUGCAUUUUUCCUCCUAUCAUCUCUACCUCUACUCUGUUUUUUCAUUAGCAAAACUCACUUAAUCACUUCAUACAGGGCCUCAGUUUCAUUUGUAUGGUUCUUUGUAUCCAUUUAUCCAUUCUUUCUUUCAGUUGAUGUGCAGUCCUUGUCACUAUUAUCUCUAUUUCUACCCUGUUUUUAGUUAGCUGUAUUUGCCUUGUCAUUAUUUACAUGACAUUAGUUAUAUUUGUGUGGUUCUCUGUGUCCAUAUUCAGUUUUCCAGUUGAUAAUAGAAUAGGAAUAAGAACGCAGGCCCUUAGCGGGGUUGGAACAGAAGGGAGGAGCCAGAGCUGUGGGAGGAGCUAUUGGUGGCUGGAGAUAUUAAAAGCGAGAAGAAGAGAAGAAAUGCAUCACUUCUUGUAGAGAGUCUUGCCUCAACAGGGAGAAUGAAGCCACCGCCACUACUGCUGCUGCUAUUAGUGGCAGGUUUUGUGAGCUGCAUUCCCCAAGGAAGGCAUGAGGGAGGGGGUGCUGAGGACAGCCUGGUGCCUCAGUCUGGUGUGGGCAGCAGUGGUUCAUCCAAGAAUCUGAGUGAGGAUGCAGACCAGCAAAGUGUCAAGCCACUGCCCAGGGAGGUGAGGUCUGAUGAUGACACUCAGGCAAGAAAUGACCUCAGGGAACCAAAUCUUGUCCAGACACAAGGAGAGGGGAACAUAAAUCUACGAAGGUUCAUUUAUAGAGAAAUUCUCCCAAGAUCCAAUAGGACAAGAUCUAGUAGAGGACAUGGACAGAGAGUAAGUUCGAGCCAGGAACCCAAAAGCUGUGGUGCAGAUGGCAACAAUUUCCAGCAAAAUGAUAAAGGCAACUCUGCUAAGAAGGAGGGCAUGGAGAAGAAUGAUGAUGAAGAUGAUGAUGAAGAUGAUGAUGAUGAUAAGGAUGAUAAGGAUGAUAAAAGUAAUGAUGAUGAGGAUGAUAAAAGUAAUGAUGAGGUUGAUAAGGAAGAGACGGGAGAGGAGUCAUUACGAAAGCCACCUAAAAGUCGAAAAACACCAAAAAAAGGAUGGAACGAACGAAGAACUCCAAGAUUUCGUGAAGGGCAUGAUGAUGCAAAGCGAGGAUAUGGAGAAUACAACAACUCUGACAGUGACGAUGAAACAAGUCCCCUCUUAGAAAAGCAGACGAAGAGCCGAGAGAAACGACAACCAGGGAGAAGAGGAGGCAGUGACAGUGAUUCCAGUAACUCAGAUAAUGCCAAUGAAGAAACACCACUUCUCCGUAGCUCAAGGAACACGACAGAGAAAAAAAGAUACGAGGAUGAUACAGGCAGCCGCAGGACCACUGAUAAGCAAAUAUUGCCAAAAACCAAGCAAAAAAUAUAUCCACAUGACAGAUAUCAGAAACUUAGGCAAAGAGACAGUGGGGGCAGUGGUAGUGAUGAUAGAGGUCAGGAAAUUAAUAAAAGGAUAUUUUUCUUUAGUUCCAAGAACAAGCCAAAGAAGAGAAAGACAGCUAAGUCUGGUUUACGUAAAAAAUUUAGUGGAUUCAAGAGUUGGGUGAAGAAGAAGAUACAUAACGACCCUCCAUAUCAGAGGUUCCAUGAUAGUGAAGGAUAUGAUGAUGAUGGCUAUUAUGAAGACACUGAGGGUCAUGAUAUUGUUGAAAGGGGAAUGCGUUCUAUAAAAAACUGGUUUAAAAAUAAGACAGCUAUGCUCAGUGCACGUAGGGACAGUAAUAAGACAGAUGAUGGAGGGAGAGAUAACAAUGGCUAUGAUGGACGUGAUGAGAUGUAUGACAAUGAUGAUGAUUACAAUGAUGAGACAAUGCUGCUGCCGGCAAAGAAGUGGAGGAGACUUCGUGCCUUCUUCACACGUUACAGGAAUAAACGUGGCAACCUGGAUCUGUUGGAAAGAGUUUUGAGGAACUUUGCUCUCGCUUCCUCACGCCUGGAGGAGGAAGUGACUCCAACCACCUCCCCACCUCCCCUGUUGAAGAACAAGAUUGAGAAGGAUGUGAAUGGAGGGAAUGAGGAUGAGGAUGACAAGGUUAGCAAAUAUGAAGAGGGUGACAGUGAAGAUGAGGGCAUAGGUAGAGAUUAUUAUAAUGAUGGUUAGGUUAUUAUAAUGAUGAUAAUGAUGAUGAGGAGGAGGAGUUAAGAUGAAGGAAUAGGUAAAAAUUAUGAUGAUGGUGAUGAAGGUGAGGGUAAGAAUAGAGAGAAUGAUGAUGAUGAUGAUGAAAAUGAGGAGAAAGUUAAAGAAUAUGAUGAUGAUUAUGAAAAUGAAGCACAGAAUGAAGGGAAUUAGAAGCAGGGUAAUGAAUAUGAUCAAGAUAGUGAGAAUAAUUUAGCUGAUGAAUAUGAGCCUGAAAAUUAAGUGAAUGAAGGGGAAACAGGUGAAAAUGAAACUCAGAAUGAUAACGAUGAUACAAUGGGUGAUAAGAAAAAUAAAAAAAAAGCAAAUAUGAGAAAAAGAAGAGAGGAAGAUAAUGAUAAAGAAAAUAAGGGUGAAGAUGAGGAAGAGGAAAUAGAUGAAUAUGAGGCAGAAAGUCAAGGAGCUUAAAGACAAUGAUAAAUACAGAAGUUUGAAUGAUUAGUAGAAAUAAAGAUAAAGAGGAAGAUGAUAGCUAUGAAGAUUAUGAUGAUGAUAGUGAUGAAUAUGAUGAUAACUCACUUUAGAAAUGUGAAGGAAGUAGUAAAAAGGAUGUAACACUUGAUAAUGAGAAGGAUUAGAAUAAGGAAGAUAAUAAUGAUGAAGAUGAUUAUAAUUUGCUAUAGAAGUAAGGGGAAGAUAGUAAAGAUUGUAAAAAGUAUUAAAUGAAAAAUGGAAUGAAAGUGAAAGGAAAAAAACACAGGGAUGAGGAAUAUGAGGGCUUAGAAUAUGAAGGUAAAAGUGAGGAACUGAUUAAUUCUGUGUGUCUAAAACAGUACUUUGUCUUUGCUUUGUGAUUAAGUUUGACUAAUUUAAAUGAUUCAAUUUUUACUUAGUCAUUUACUGUUUAUUGUUUACUCUAUUUUUGUUUUGUAAUGAAUUUUUACUUGAAUUUCCUGGUUCUUAGAUUAAUUUUUUUUUUCCAUUUUCUGAUUUUUACUUUAUUUUUAAGCAGUUUUUUUCCUUUUAUGUAUUUUAUACCAAAUUUUAAACUUCUUAUUUUUCAUUUCUCACUGAAUCUUUUUCAUUUUAUUUUCAUUACAAAGAAAAUUUUCUCAUUUUUUUAAUUCUUCAUUUAUUUCUUUCACAAAUCUAAGUUUUAUUCAUGUCCAUAAAAGGAAAACUGCUGUCUAUGUACUUACCAUUGUCUUGUGAGCAUUUUUACAUUUUGUAUUUGAUAAUGUACUUGAAAUAAAGCCUGCAUUUUAAAUUAACAA